UUUUUGUCUGUACAUGCUACUUGAUUAUCUCUCUCUUACUGACCCACCCAAAAAGGGAGAAGGGUCGAACAGAAAUCAUUAUCGUGUCACUUCUGCCUAAGAACUGGCUGAAUUUUAUGACACCUGCUGGAGAAGCUACCUGGACCAUUAGAAAUGCAGCAGCUCGUGCUGCACCUCUGAUCAGCAAAGCUUUCUGCAUGGAGUACAAGAAUCAAGUUGCCUUAAGUUAAACCAUAUGCAAGUUGCACUAAUUGUUGUAACUGUACUGCUGAUGCCACUCCAGACUUCACUAGGGCUUUCCAAGGCAGGAGUUUCUCAUGUAGUUUGAAUGUUUUCAACUGACAUUUGAAUGUUUUUAUUAAAUCUGGUGUGGCUGUGAAAAGUGUAUGUGGGGUGAACUUUUUCCUGUUAAGUUCAUGGUGAAUUUUGAAGCCUCACUUCCAAGUGUGAUCUGUGCUAUGGCAGCAACCUACAGGCUUAUGGUCACUUCUGUGAACUGCUACAGCAGUGUGGUGAUAGACCAGCACUUUCAGCACACUGUGCAUUACUGCACAGGGACUUGCCAAGUGUUUAAGCAAGGAGUUACAUGCAUAGUUGCCCACCACAGUGUCUGCGCAGAGCUCAGUGUCCAAGAUACCAACCUAGACCAUAAAAUUCCUGUUCCUGAAAAUGGACUUGCCUUGACUGGAAAUGAGGACUAUCACCAAAUCCUCCCAAAUAAUCCAAGAGUGAAAAAGGGCUCUUCAGUGCAAGCCUCCAGCAGUUUAAAAGACAUUACUGGUGAGGCCAUAAACCUUGCCAGUGGUAAAAUAAAAGAAUUCUCCUUUGAAAAGCUCAAAAACUCUUCCAGUCAUGUAGCCUACAGAAAGGGAAGGAAAGUUCGGUCAGAAUCAUUCAGCAGACGAUCAUUUGAUUUUGACUUGAUUUAUGGGCACUUCAACAAUGAUGAGAACUGCCCUCCGUGUGGCUUUCUGCAGAGUCCUUCACGUGUGGAGAAAUGGCAGGAAAGCAAUGAUGCUCCAGAAGUCACCAUGAAUCCCAUGGUUCCCUUCUCCCCUCAUUCCUUCUCUGAAGAAAACUUCAUUACCCAGAUUUUAGAAAAACACAAGCUAGAUGGUUCUUCGGGUGGAGAUAUUAAGGUGUGCUUAGACAUCUUGCUCAAGUGCUCAGAGGAUCUGAAAAAGUGCACAGACAUAAUAAAACAUUGCAUCAAAAAGAAGUCUGCAGGCAGUGUUAGCGGAGGGAACAGCAACGAUCCCCUGGCUAAUUCGGAAAUGAUAUAUAUGAAUCUGAUGACAAGAUUUUCUUCAUACCUGAAAAAGCUACCCUUUGAGCUCAAGCCACCAGGACACAAGGAAGCUAGUGACUUGGCAGAACUAGUUAACUGUUUUCAUGGCUUGCAGCAAACUCCCUUCCCCCCAGUAUUUGGAGAUGAGCAGCCACCUAGGUAUGAAGAUAUUAUUCAGCUGCCAUCCUCAAGUGCAGUUCCUCUCGGACUACCGGGUGAUCAGCGUGAGGUGACAAGCACCUCUCAGUCCAUCCAAACAAGCACUGUGAGCUUUACCUCAAACUCCCUUCACAGCGUCCCACAGGAGAACAGUGUGAGAGCUGUGAAAGACGCUUGUGCUCUACCUCAGUUACCAGCCACAAGCCCUUCUGACUGCACGUCUUCCACUGAGGCUCUGUACAUUGAGGAGGAGUCUGAUGGGGAAAGAACAUUAGGGAAAAUAAAGAAGGCAGAGCAGAAAGGGGGCUGGGAGAGGUUAGAGCGCAGCUACCAGCUAGCUGGUUGUUCAGAUCUAACUGCCGAUGCUAAAGCAGAACGUGUCAGGGUGGGAGAUGUUGAGCUCUCCCACACUUCUGAGAAAAUGACUCCUUUAAAACCAAUUUCAGAUUCUGUGUUGCGUGGUUCCCAAGCUGAUGUCUCCAAAGGAGAACAGAUGUGCAGUAAGAUGGACAAGGAUGAGAUAGACAAACUGCUGCUGGACUUGGAGUGCUUCUCACAGAAAAUGGAGAGUACUUUGAGGGAACCCUCUCUAAAGGAGAGUGAACCUGCCUGUUUGCAGGUGUUUGGCUGGCAGGGUAGGCAGGUACUACCUCUGGCUCUUGAACCCAAAAGUAAACCCAUUGACCCCACUUCCCCUUUGUCAAAAAUCAUGGAAACCAAUGGUCAUAAAAUGGAAGAGGAUGACAAAGCCCUUUUACUGCGUAUCCUGGAAAGCAUUGAGGACUUUGCCCAGGAACUGGUGGAAUUCCAGACAGGCAAGGGAAGCUUGUCCAAGGAGAGGGAAGUGAUGCAGAUUCUUCAGGAAACUUUAACAACUCCUUCACAGUCCCUCCUUGCAGGGCAAAAAAGCUAUGCUGGGGCUGCCUCCAGAGACUGUGUUCCAGCUUCAAUUCAGCAGGCCCCAGAAGUGAUUAAGGUUCAAAGUAAACAAGAGAAGAAACCUGGGACUUCAUCCCCAGUCCCUUUGAACUCCGCGGUUAGCCCUUGCACUCUUCUGCCUGUGAAUAAAGCCACCAGCAGUACCCCUUUGUCGAUAAACAUUCCACGUUUCUACUUCCCUAAAGGACUUCCGAAUGUCUGCACUAAUCAUGAAGAAAUCAUUGCCAGGAUUGAAGAAGCCUUUACAGAGUUUGAAGAUGAGAAAGCAAACAUCUAUGAAAUGGGGAAAAUUGCUAAGAUAUGUGGCUGCCCACUCUACUGGAAAGCACCUAUGUUCAAUGCAUUGGGAGGAGAAAGGACAGGAGGUGUAUCUGUACACUCAUUUGUAUCUAUGUGGAGAAAAAUCCUACGUAACUGCCAUGAUGAUGCAUCCAGAUUCACAUACCUUGUAGCGAAGCCUAGCUGUGACUACCUAGAACAGGAGGACUUCAUUCCGCUGCUUCAGGAUGUGGUGGAAACGCAUCCUGGCUUGACGUUCCUGAAGGAUGCUCCGGAGUUCCAUUCCCGGUAUAUUACGACGGUUAUACAGAGAAUAUUCUACACAGUCAAUCGAUCCUGGUCUGGGAAGAUCACUCUAACAGAGCUGAGGAAAAGCAACUUCUUGCAAACUCUUGCUCUCUUGGAAGAGGAGGAUGACAUAAAUCAGAUCACAGAUUAUUUCUCCUACGAGCACUUCUAUGUUAUAUACUGUAAAUUCUGGGAGCUGGACACUGACCAUGAUCUUUACAUCAGCCAGAAGGAUCUGGCUAGGUACAGUGAUCAAGCUUUAUCAAACAGGAUUAUCGAACGAAUAUUCAGCGGUGCUGUGGUGAGAGGCAAUGAAGUUCAAAAGGAAGGCCGCAUGAGUUAUGCCGAUUUUGUGUGGCUCCUGAUUUCAGAGGAAGACAAGAGGAGUGCUACAAGCAUUGAGUACUGGUUUCGGUGCAUGGACCUGGAUGGGGAUGGAGUGCUCUCCAUGUAUGAACUGGAGUACUUUUAUGAGGAGCAGUGUGAGCGGAUGGAAGUGAUGGGCAUAGAACCACUGCCAUUUCAUGACUUGCUUUGUCAGAUGCUUGAUCUCGUUAAGCCAGAGAGGGAAGGAAGAGUAACACUGCGAGACCUGAAGAGGUGCAGAAUGGCUCAUGUAUUCUACAACACCUUCUUUAAUUUAGAGAAAUAUCUGGACAAUGAACAGAGGGAUCCCUUUGCAGUGCAAAAGGACAUUGAAAAUGAUGGCCCUGAACCCUCUGACUGGGACAGAUAUGCUGCUGAAGAGUACGAAAUUCUUGUGGCUGAGGAGUCUGGGAACGAACCAUUACAAGAAGGAUCAUUUGAAGAAGACUAUGACACAGAUGAAGUCUUAUCUCCCCCUGAAACUGGAGACAAGUCAGACAAACUAGUUAUCCCAGAUCUCUCAGCAUAGAGAAAUGGAAGACAUUUAAUCAAUAUCUUUCAAACUGGAUAGCCUUCAGUCCCAAGACACUUAGGGAUUUUUCUUAAAUCCGUCAUUGGAGCAAUGUGCUUUAUUUUGUACACUGUAACUUGAGAACCCUUUUUCUCUUCCUGUGUAAUUGCAAUAAGGUGAUUUCUAUAAAAAGGCUUUUUACAAUGUGUUAUCGUGCACGCUCAUUAAAAAUGGUGAUUGCACCUUG